GAGAAUGUAAAACUGCAUUCCCAUCAUUCUGUGAGGAGAGGAGGCUCCCCUGCGCAUCCACAGCGGAGGACACGCCGAGCGACACGAACAUAUAAAAUAAGCCCACAGUUGCGCUGCUCAUCGGCCACCAUGUCCGCCGGAGGAGACCUGGGGAAUCCCCUGAGGAAAUUUAAACUCGUGUUUCUGGGCGAGCAGAGCGUGGGAAAGACUUCUCUCAUCACCCGAUUCAUGUAUGACAGCUUCGACAACACGUAUCAGGCGACCAUCGGCAUUGACUUCCUAUCGAAGACAAUGUACCUGGAAGACCGAACAGUAAGGCUCCAGCUGUGGGACACAGCUGGACAGGAACGCUUCAGGAGCCUCAUCCCGAGCUACAUUCGAGACUCUACAGUAGCUGUGGUUGUCUAUGACAUUACAAACGUGAACUCCUUCCAGCAAACCUGCAAAUGGAUUGAUGACGUCAGGACAGAGAGAGGAGGCGACGUCAUCAUCAUGCUAGUUGGCAACAAAACCGACCUGGAAGAGAAGAGGCAAAUCACAAUCGAGGAGGGCGAGCAGAGAGCCAAGGAGCUGAACGUCAUGUUCAUCGAGACCAGUGCCAAGACAGGCUGCAAUGUCAAACAGUUGUUUCGUCGGGUUGCUGCAGCCCUACCUGGAAUGGAAAGCUUGGACGAUGCAAAUCCUGAAGGCAUGAUUGACAUUAAGCUGGACAAACCAGCUGAGCCAACUGUGCCCGAGGGCGGGUGCUCAUGUUAAUGCAGAGCUGCUUCCAGACAGCUUCCUUCACACCAUAGGCUUGUUGUGUUGCUUACUACUGGUUAGCUUCCAGUCGACUUCUCUAAUUGGAUAUAGGAUUCGGACCUUGUAUCUGAUUGGACAAAUCAAAUGUUAACUCUCAGUCUUGUUCAGUUGUAAUAUAUUGUAUACUUUGUCAAUAUGUAAGUGACGGCAAAAGAAAAGGGAAGAAAAAAAAAGCUAAAAUAAAACAUAACAAAAAACAGUUGUGGGAAAUGAACAAGAAAGAGAAACUGAAGAACCAACUGAAUUCUUUUCGCUGUUAUGUUUUGUAUUUUUUAUAUAUAAAAAGGGAAAGCACCAAAAAUGAUGCCUAAACAUAGAAGGAGAAACAGUCGGGGAGGUCAGCCAUUUUGCUAAAUGGCUGAACACAGCUGAAUGUCUGCAGCACGCAUGCACGCUGAUCUGAUCUGAUCUUUGAUCUUUGACCUUUGACCUUUGGCCCGCCCCCCCAGGGCACCCAGGCUCUGGCGGGAGGCCGACUAUCUUAGAAUGUUUUAUAGCUUCUCUCUAAAGCAUCUCAUGACCAGAACGUAUCUCAUUUGAUAUUCCCACAAGAGUCAACUUCCGGUAGGUUCACUUUAACAGUAGCUGUGAAAAUGUGGCACUCUAUCUCUCUAUGGGUUCAACUUUUAUAGGACAAACUGUACUGUGGUUAAAAAACGAGUAAUAAAAGACAACUUACUAUCACAACUAACCCUUUCCUACAACCGAUCCUCUCUUUUCCUCCCUCUAUACCUCCCUCCCUCCCUCCCUCCCUCCUGUCUCCCCCUCCCUUCGUCCCGGUAAUACACAUAUAACACUCCACUGUAAUGCACUGCACUGUAUAUAAUAAUGUAAUGUAUGUUGUGAACGUCCCUCUGUAGCAGUGGUCUUUGUUCACCAGUAUGAAAAAUGUAAUAAUGUUUAAUGAUUAAUAAAUUACAGAUUAAAGGGC